UAUUUGACACACGGCAUUUUGAGGUCGAACAUCCUUUGCUGUUUCUUGGUUUCUCUCCGUUAGUCUUCCGCGUUCGAUGUCCCUCUUCGAUUCUUUCUCACUUCAUUCCCACCUUCGGACCUCAUUCGGACCUCAUUCGGACCUCAUUCGGACUUCAAUGGCGUCCGUGGAGGGCACCCGUCGCUUCGUGCAGCGCCUGGUGGCGAGUGGCCGGCUGCACCCGGCGUGGAGCAGCCCGGGCCGCCGGCUGGGGCCGCUGCACUGCACGCCCCUGGGCUUCGGCGCCUACCGCCUAGGUGCGGAUGGUUUGCCAAGCUUGAAGUUGGCCGCAGAGCUGGUGAACGUGUUCGACACCUCGAGCCACUACGAGAACGAAUCUUUCCUCGGGCCGGUCCUCGGUGAAAGCUCUCUCCGGGAAGAAUUCAUCCUAUGCACCAAAGUCGGCCAUGUGAGGGGGGAACCUCCGAAAGGCGCGGUCCCAAUCAAGGGUGACGACUGGCACUGCAUCGAGCCCUCAUUUGUGGAAGCCGAAGUCAGGGCGUGCAAAGAAAGACUCAGAACCGUGCCCGACAUCGUGUUCCUGCACAAUCCCGAGUACAUGCUAUCAGCUCGCCUGAAGCAACAGGUUCCGAUCGCAGAUGCCUGGGACGAGAUGUACCAAGCGCUGUUUCAAGCUUUCAAGGCUCUCGAAACCCUAUGCAGCGAAGGUAGUAUAUCCUCUGGCUACGGUGUGAGCAGCAAUUUUCUUUCCUGCUCGUUCUCCGUCACAGGGCGGCCAAAUCUGUACGAGUCCUUGGUUCUGGAUCGGGUCCUUGAUGCUGCAUCAGCGGCUGCCGGCGCGCAGGGCUUGAGCCAACAUCGCUUUCAAGUGGCUCAGCUUCCGCUGAACUUGUUCGAGAGUGGAGCUGUCCUUGGGCGAGGCGCCCAGAUGGAGGGGGACUGUUUCAUGGCUGAGCGCUUGGGGGUCUCGCUGCUCACAAACCGGCCAUUGAAUGCCUUGCCCAUGCCAGGUGUGAGCGCAGGUGAUUGGGGCCGCUCUGCUUCCCACUUGCAGAUACGUGAGGCCAAGCCCAUGGGCGCCGUGCCUUCGCUGCUGAAGCGGGUUCUGAAAGAGGUCCUGGGCGAGGGGCCGCUCCAGCAACUUGCUCUGCGCGUGGCGGCGUCGGCGCCGGUAGCCUGCGCUCUAAAUGGUGCGCGCCGCCCGGCCUAUGUGGAGGAUUUGCAGGCGGUGUUGCAGGCAGAGCCCUUGACGCAGCGCGAGCCUUAAUCCCAGCCGAAGACACAGGUGGAGAAGGCCAUGCGGGCAGUGCGCUCCAUGGCCGAGGAGCUCGGCUGCGACACCCGGGGCUUGUGGUGAGAGCGAGGAAAAGAAAGGC